CGUGACUCCCUUCUUAGACUUCCGCCGCCGCCAUGGACACCAGCCGCGUGCAGCCCAUCAAGCUGGCCCGAGUCACCAAAGUGCUGGGCCGGACCGGCUCCCAGGGACAGUGCACCCAGGUCCGCGUGGAGUUCAUGGACGACACCAGCCGUUCGAUCAUCCGCAAUGUCAAAGGCCCCGUCCGGGAGGGAGACGUGCUGACCCUCCUGGAGUCUGAGCGCGAGGCCCGGCGGUUACGCUGAGCCCCACCGGUGGGGCCCCCACUGAUCCAGUUUGAUGUGCCCAGCCUAGACAAGGAGAGAUGAGACGCUGAAUUUCCAUUAAAAUUUUGUUCGUUUCCCCCUUUUAAA